CAUUCACCUAACAAACCAAAAACGAACCUUGCUGAACAUCUCGGGCUUUUCGGCUCCAACCCCCUAGGAGGCCCUAGCGAGAUCUCUCGCUCGGAGCAAACGAGGAGUCUGGGGAAGAGGAGAGCUGCUAGGGGAUGGGCCGGGAGGUGGCGGGGAGCUGCCUAGACGGGGUGGUGAUGGAGAUGGUGUCCGCCUACUGCGGCCGCUUCUAUGCCGCCAAGCCGGAGCUUGCCGCCGGCCGCAUCGAGGCCAUUGGCUUCCAGGUCGGCCACCAGCUCUCCGAGAGAUAUACAAUGGACCGCCCUCGAUUUACUGAUCAUCUGGAAGCAAUCAAAUUUAUCUGCAAAGAUUUUUGGUCAGAGCUAUUCAAGAAACAAAUUGAUAAUUUGAAGACUAAUCACAGGGGUACCUUUGUUCUUCAAGAUAACUGUUUCCCAUGGCUAACUCAUGUUUCUCUAGACCCAUCUAUGGAAAGCACAGAUGCAACUGAGAGUGACCCUGCAUUAUUAGGUGAUACUGCAGCCCAAACAACAAGCAUGCUUUUGUAUUUCCCAUGCGGGAUCAUCAGAGGGGCCUUGACCAACUUGGGAAUUCCAUGUGCUGUCUCUGCAGACAUGUCAAACCUUCCAGCAUGUUCUUUUGUUGUGCGCAUCAAAACCUGAACUAUGAGUUGAUACAAGCAUAAUAUGUACCUGCUAAUUGGGUUUACAUUUACUUGAACAGAAGUGGCCAGGUAUGGUUAUGUGAUCCAUGAUUAUGAUCCCAAGAGAUGAUGAAGUACAAUAUUAUUUCCGUAGCUAUCUGGUUUUCUUAGCUGUAAAAACAUUUUCUGUAUUUUAUUUGUGGUUACUUAGUCACCUUAACAGUUGACUCUUUUUACAAUAAGAUCAUUGUUUAUGUCUAGACUGUUUUAAGCUGGCAAAAUUACCAUAUAAAAUGAGAGCUGAAUUCUAUGGUGCCAGAGGCAAAAGAAAUUUUGAUAAAAAAACAGAAGCAAAUGGGAAAUUAGGAUUUUUCACUA